AUGAGCAUAAAAUCGGUGCUGUUGUGCACUGUAAUGUACAGCAUCACACUGCAUGCGCAGCAGAGGAAAGCAUUCGUGAAUCCGCAAAGUCAGUGCCGCAUCAAAUGCUUGAACGGCGGAUUCUGUGCCUAUCUGGUCGAAAAUCCUGCUGUCCACACCUGCCUCUGCUUACUCAAUUUAUUCUAUGGUGACCGAUGCCAGUAUGCUGGUAAGCCCGAUUUAUAA